AUGCAAUGUGGCAGAGUGCAGUUGCAAGAGAGAUCGAAGAUUACCAAUAGAUAUUACCGGCCAUUGACCCCUGAAAAGCCUCGGAGAUAUUGCCAAAAACGACUGGUCAACCCUGAGCAUGAGGAGGAUCCUCGGUGGAUUGAUGUUUUAGAUAGAUUCCAUUGUAAUGAUUCUGAAGGCAAUAGUGACGGGUCUCACAACAACAACCAUACGCCGGAUGAGGACUUGUUCCUUACAGUUCAAAAUUUAAAGUUCCAGGGCAAUGAACAGGAGAGAAAGAGACCCCGCACCGGGUUCAAGUACAAAACCUUGUCGGAUGGAAACAAACACAGAAUGUUUGUGAAGCAGCAGGUGAAGACCAUCGAGAUAGCCGACGACGACCGCUCGUCACAGCUGACCUGUUACUACGACGAGUACGCCAAAUACCUGACAAACGCAGACCGCUCUAGACCGUCAACAGGAAAAUCCAGCACUUUCCUCCAAGGAUUAAGUACAACGUUUAAAAAAAACAAAGCGGUGCAGGUGGACUUUGCAAAACCAUGCGACACAAGGAAACCACGCAAUGGCGAACGUAAAGCAGCACCACAAGAUGUAGAAACAAAGGAAGAGGUGUUGGAAAAUAAAACUAGUUCUGAUGAAGCUGGGAUGGAGGACACCAAGAUAUCGUUCCACAAGUCGGGGAAGCGGAAGAGUUUGACGAUAUCGAGGGCGCAGAGCCCGGAGACGGUGCAGGUGAUCCGAGUGGACGUGGUCUGCAACUACAGCACCAGCUCCACGCCCUCCGACGACGAGAAGAAACAGCCCACAACCGACGUCGUCGAGAAACUAGACAAAAAAGUCGAGACCGUCAACCUGAAGAAUUCCCAUUAUGCAAACAAGUACCUUCUAACCAAUACAAUAAAGACGCUCGAUGAGAACAUCGCGGGGAGUGCUAAGGUGACGCUGUUCUGUAAAACUUUUAGACUGUCUGACAGAUCCAGGGCCUCGGGGAAGAAACUUGGUGUUGCAAAAAGUAGUGUUCAACAUAAUAAAACGUAA